CUUGCACUUACUUCUGUGCAUUGUUUUUCACUUCGUUCGCUUGCCAGGGGUCUUUGCUAGCUUAGGAUAAUCGUCAUUCUCUUCAGCUACGAACAGACUGGUUAUCUGCAGCUGGUUCGCUUUAUUUGUUGGAUCAUCGCUGUCUGUCGAUCCUAUCCUUCCGUUAUCUUACCCUCUUGUAUCAUCGUAUCGUCAUUUUGAAGAAUGAAAUAUCUUUCUACGCCUGCAUCUUUCUAUUUGUGAUGACUGGGUGUUGAACCGUACUGAAUACUGAUUGACUAUUAACAACGUAAGAGUUACGAAUAUGUGCGAAUAGACGCCCUUAUAACACUUUCAAGUUCGUUCAAAUAUGUUGCUUUAGCUUUCGCUCACCCAUUAUCCAUGCCAUUCAACUUCUUGCUAUGAGAAGUACGACGGCAGCAGCAGCGGCAGCAGUUCCAUGGGCUAUUCGCAGAAAGAAACCGACUGAAGAUAUCUCACUUCCCACAGAUAAUGAACGGGGAGACCGAGAUGCCCACAAGCCGCUUCUAAAUAGUGGCGUACCUUCUGGACAACCUGCGACAUAUGGCACUCUCAGUGGAUCAAGAGUCAGUCCUGAACGCUUCAGGCGAAGCAGUAGCUCUUUGGGCAGAGUGCCCGAGGAGGAGCUGAUACAAGAGGAAGCCGUAGCAGACGAGUCUGCUGAAGAGGUCGAAUGGGAGUUAGAGGAGCAAGGUUUCUACAGGGGAUCGUAUCGAGCAAAAGUACUACUGUAUACGUUCGUUCCCUUGGGCUGCCUACUCGUAUUCACCAUCCUCGCCGUACUCCCGAAUCUUAUAUGGCCCCUGCGGAACGUCGAACCACCGCCGUACGGCCAAUACUUUCCCUUUCCCCUCCCAGAGUUCCUAGUUGCAUCGGCACUCUGGUCUCUAUCUCGUUCAAUUCGACUCCCUCUCUACACGGCCUUCUCCGCCCUCCUUCGCAACAAGUCCUCGCUACGGAUAACAGUGUCCUUCAACCUAGUCUACGCUUUCACAUACAACGUCCUGCGUAUGGCUGCUCUCCCCAUCCUGCGUAUAAGACAUGACAUGGACUACCCAUUACCCAGUUGCCGUGAUCUAGCCUUCAGACGCGUUUGGUGGCUUGCAUUGGGUUGGACCUUUAUCGAAACCGCCAUGGGUAUUGGCCAGGACUAUGCGCAGAUCGCGUUGUAUAAAAACGUGAUGAUCUCCGAGGAUCAGGUGGCUGAAUUGGAAAGCGACGUGUUGAAUGGGACAGGGAGGGAAUUGGCUUCCCCUUCGAUCGAGAUACUCCCUCUCAGUCCAAGGGAUCCUACCGAGCGCCCUUCGCUUGCCCGCAUAGCAAGUGGAAGUAGCGUUGGUCUGAACUCCAAGACACCCUCGCCUGUAACCGAAACUGAGGCAUUGGAGCUUGAAGUAGACCGCGACCUUGAACAACUAGUUAACCUCAAAGAACGAGAAGACCUUGAAGAAGUCUAUGGUCUGCCCAUCAUUAAAAUACCUGUAUUUGUACUCUGCUUGCAACGCAUCGAUUCCAUUCUCAUCACCGUCGGCAUCACCCUUGUUCUCUCUGCAUCCUAUCUACGUUCCCAUAUCUCGCUCUCUUCGUCUGCUUUGUCCAAUCCACCGCUAUCAUCUAACAAACCUAUACUCAUCACAUUCCCGUCGGUAUUCCUUCUCAACACUUUUCUCAUGAUUCUGUAUUCGCCGGCUGUGUUGCCGCGCCUUGGUAUUCACACCGCUGCUUAUAUUGCUUUCUUCGUUGGCUUGGGUUCUUUGUUUGCUGGAUUGGGACUUUGGGGAGCUCUUGCAUAGUUUACGAGUUUCGGCCUCAUCUUCACCUCUGAAUGCUAUCACUAACAUUUACUUCGGGUUUCAUUUCUA